AUGGACCCACUUAUCGAGGAAGAGUAUAUAAUGGAACCAGACACAGAAACAUCAGUAUUAGAUUCAAUAUGGAGUGCGGGUCCCGUCUUACUUGGUUCCACUCUGCUAGUGGUAUACAUUGGUUUCAAGUGGUUCCAACGGCAGAAAGCCAACUCGGACAUUGACGAAGCCACAAAAAAUCCAGAUUUAUAUCUCGCUCGGAUGGAGGCCAUACAGCGAACUCGCGAGAAACAGCAGAGAGAGUUGGAGGAGGCAUCGCGAAAAAAGAAGGAAGAGGACAUUGAGAAAGAAAAACGAAAACGCGCGGAAAAUUUGGCGAAACUAGAAAAGUAUGGGUCAAAGGGGGGACAGAAAGUGGGACAUCCGAGUGAUGGAGAAUAUCUUCCGUUGUGCGGUGGUUCGUCUUCGUCAAGUUAUAAAGCGCCCAAGCGAUCCGCUUGCGCUAAAGGCGGUUGUGGGAAAUAA